UAAAAAUGCGAGUCUUUUUGGCGGGAAAACCCUAUUUUUCUCUCCUUAAACCCAAACUGCUUUAACAAGCCCUUACUUCCAUUUCUGGCGGGUAAAUCCACACAAGAUACAGAGAAAAAUGGGGGAAGAAGAAGAAAUGGCAAUGGCAGAAGAACAAUUAGAUGAGGAAUUUACAAUAUGGAAGAAAAACACACCUAUUCUUUACGAUCUUGUCAUUUGUAAUACCCUUGAAUGGCCAUCCCUCACCGUACAAUGGCUUUCUUCAACACCUCAAAGCAACUCAGAUUCAUCUCUCAACGUUCAUCAACUCAUCCUUGGAACCCACACUUCUGAUGAAGCUCCCAACCAUCUCAUGGUCGCCGAUGUUCACUUACCUAACAACAGUAACACCCCUUGCUCUUCUCUUCCCAAGGUGGAGAUUGUGAAGAAGUUUUGUGUUGAUGGUGAGGUGAACCGAGCUCGAGGUAUGGUACAAAACCCGAAUCUUGUCGCGGCAAAAACGAGCGGUGUGGAGGUGUAUGUUUUUGAUGUUUCAAAAGAGACAAGCUUGGAUGAAUGUAGUCCUGAUUUGACAUUAAAGGGUCAUGAGAAGGAAGGUUAUGGGCUUUCUUGGAACCAAUUGAAGGAGGGUUAUUUGUUAAGUGGCUCUUAUGAUUGUAAGAUUUGUGUAUGGGAUGUGUCAUCUAUGCCUCAAAGUAAAGUUCUUGAUUCAUUGAGCGUUUACAAGGCCCAUGACAGCAAUGUUGAACAUGUUGCUUGGCAUACUAAGAAUGAAAAUCUAUUUGGAUCUGUUGGUGAUGAUGGAAGGUUGAUGAUUUGGGAUUUGCGAUCUGAUAAGCCUCAACAAUCUGUCAUAGCUCAUGAAAAGGAGGUCAAUUACCUUUCUUUCAACUCAUUCAACGAAUGGGUUGUGGCAACAGCGUCUUCUGAUACCACCGUCGGACUGUUCGAUACCCGGAAACUGGAUACACCAUUGCAUAUUUUGGGCAGUCACACAGAAGAGGUUUUCCAGGUUGAAUGGGAUCCCAAUCAUGAGACUGUGUUGGCAUCAUCUUCCGAUGACAGGAGGCUGAUGGUUUGGGACCUUAACAGAGUUGGCGAAGAGCAGUCGGAAGGAGAAGCACCGGAUGGGCCUGCAGAACUGCUGUUCUCUCAUGGAGGACAUAAAGCUAGGAUAUCAGAUUUCUGUUGGAACAAGAAUGAGCCUUGGAUGAUUUCAAGCGUGGCCGAUGACAACACACUACAGAUCUGGCAAAUGGCUGAGAGUAUAUACCGUGAUGAGGAUGAUUUACCGGCUGAAUGAGCUUCCUACUCAUCGCAUUCGUAAUGCUUAGGAUGUCUAGAUUAAGUUGUUUCUACAGAGGAUUUGUCUUUUAACUCUCAAGUGACAUUGAUGAUGAACAUCAAGAUUGACAAUCUUAGUUAAUAGUCAUAUCUUAAUACAAAGGAUUGAUUCGAAUA